AACACUUGUCACCAGCAUUUUAUUUAUCCCUCACCACUCUGAACAUACGUGUUGUCUUAUAUAGAUGAGGACGCCAGUCAGAGCUGCAGUUAAGUUGAUUCAUUUUUCCGCAAGCCACACCCCGUCCCCGCGCCCGUGCCCGGGAUGGAGGCCCGAGCGGGAUCCCAGCUGGCCCGGUCCCGGAACGUGCCUGAUGACGUCAUACUCUGGGCGAGGCUGGGCAGCUGGCCAGCCGGCCUCUUCCGGAUCCCCGGUCUCCACUUUAGGGACCUUCUUCCACCGGACUUCGUUUGAGCCUUUAGCGCAUGCUCCAAAUCCUCCAGCGUCCCAUAAUGCAUUGUCUGACGCUUUGCCCUCGCCCCUGGCAACAAAUGCGCAGCCGCCCAAGGGACUUUGACGCCGCGCUGCCUGACAGGGUCUCAGAAGAAAGUUUGUCCCUCUGCGCGAUCCGGCAUUCAGAGGUCGUUGCUAGGCGCCCACGUUCCGCUUCUUCACAUCUGAUUGGAUUUCACUCAAAAGUUGAGGCGGGGUUUUGCCGUAGCGCGCAUGCGUGCAGCAAAGGAUGGAGGACUCGGAACCCGAGCGGAAGCGGGCUCGCACCGACGAGGCGACUGCCACAGGAAGCCGCUCCGAGACGGAGGAUGAGGAUGAUGAAGACUACGUGCCUUACGUGCCUUUGCGACAGCGCCGGCAACUGCUGCUCCAGAAGCUACUGCAACGAAGGCGCAAAGGAGCUGCGGAGGAGGAGCAGCAGGACAGCGGCAGCGAGCCCCGGGGAGAUGAGGACGAUAUCCCGCUGGGCCCUCAGUCCAACGUCAGCCUCCUGGAUCAGCACCAGCACCUCAAAGAGAAGGCUGAAGCCCGCAAGGAGUCUGCCAAGGAGAAGCAGCUGAAAGAAGAGGAAAAGAUCCUGGAGAGUGUGGCUGAGGGCCGAGCCUUGAUGUCAGUGAAGGAAAUGGCCAAGGGAAUCACAUAUGAUGAUCCGAUCAAAACCAGUUGGACACCCCCCCGUUAUGUCCUGAGCAUGUCUGAAGAGCGGCAUGAACGCGUACGGAAGAAGUACCACAUUCUGGUGGAAGGAGAUGCCAUCCUGAGAGGCCUAAAGAAGAAAGGCAUCCACCACCCAACACCCAUUCAGAUCCAGGGCAUCCCCACCAUUCUAUCUGGCCGUGACAUGAUAGGUAUCGCCUUCACGGGUUCAGGCAAGACACUGGUGUUCACAUUGCCUGUCAUCAUGUUCUGCCUGGAACAAGAAAAAAGAUUACCUUUCUCCAAGCGUGAAGGGCCCUAUGGACUCAUCAUCUGCCCCUCGCGGGAGCUCGCCCGGCAGACCCAUGGCAUCCUGGAGUAUUACUGCCGCCUGCUGCAGGAGGACAGCUCCCCACUCCUGCGCUGCGCUCUCUGUAUCGGGGGCAUGUCUGUUAAAGAGCAGAUGGAAACCAUCCGACACGGUGUGCACAUGAUGGUGGCCACCCCUGGGCGCCUCAUGGAUUUGCUGCAGAAGAAGAUGGUCAGCCUAGACAUCUGCCGCUACCUGGCUCUGGACGAGGCUGACCGCAUGAUUGACAUGGGUUUCGAGGGCGACAUUCGCACCAUCUUCUCCUACUUCAAGGGCCAGCGGCAGACCCUACUCUUCAGUGCCACCAUGCCUAAGAAGAUUCAGAACUUUGCCAAGAGUGCCCUGGUAAAGCCGGUCACGAUCAACGUGGGCCGCGCUGGGGCCGCCAGCCUGGAUGUCAUCCAGGAGGUGGAAUAUGUCAAGGAGGAGGCCAAGAUGGUAUACCUGCUUGAGUGCCUACAGAAAACACCCCCACCCGUGCUCAUCUUUGCGGAGAAGAAGGCAGAUGUGGAUGCCAUCCACGAGUACCUGCUGCUCAAGGGGGUCGAGGCGGUGGCCAUCCAUGGGGGCAAAGACCAGGAGGAACGGACCAAGGCCAUCGAGGCAUUCCGGGAGGGCAAGAAGGAUGUCCUGGUGGCCACAGACGUAGCCUCCAAGGGCCUGGACUUCCCUGCCAUCCAGCAUGUCAUAAAUUAUGACAUGCCUGAGGAGAUCGAGAACUACGUGCACCGUAUCGGCCGUACUGGGCGCUCAGGAAACACAGGCAUCGCCACCACUUUCAUCAACAAGGCCUGUGACGAGUCGGUGCUGAUGGACCUGAAAGCCCUGCUGCUGGAGGCUAAGCAGAAGGUGCCCCCUGUGCUACAGGUGCUGCACUGUGGGGAUGAGUCCAUGCUGGACAUUGGAGGAGAGCGUGGCUGUGCAUUCUGUGGGGGCUUGGGCCAUCGAAUCACUGACUGCCCCAAACUCGAGGCUAUGCAGACCAAGCAGGUUAGCAACAUCGGCCGCAAGGACUACCUGGCCCACAGUUCCAUGGACUUCUGAGCCCUCUGUCAUCCCUUGUCUCCAAGAGACCUCAGUCUCCAGCCACCUCCUACACACACCAGCCCCCUGGACAAAAAGCCAGCAUCUUUGGCCCAGCUGGCCUGGGCUGGGCCAGGCUGGGCCUGGCUGCCUGCUCCCUGUGUCCCCCAGAAUUACUAUUUUUGUUCCCCUUUACCCCAGCUGUCAUUAAAGCACAAACCUCCCUGGUCUCAGCCC